AAAGAAGAAAAUAGAAUUCGAAUCUAACUCAACUUGAAUUCGACCACCCUGGAUCUCCUGCGACAAAAACUCUGCCCACGUUUACGUACAAUACACUACCUUGAAAACAUCUCACCGUGCAUUAUAUCAUGUAGGAAGAUGUCUCCAUAUGUGGCGCGAUGUUAUGUGGGUAGAAGUGGGCAGAGUUUUUAUGGGUAGGAGAUUCAGACUCUCGAAUUCGACUCGGUUCGACUCGAUUGCACUCUAGCCGCUGCGCGCAUUACAUUUACCAAGAAAACCAAACAUCGUCGACAGUCGACACGAAGCCCGGCAGCCGUUGGACCAUUUCAGAAAUUUGUUGCAGCGUGCCAAAACGGAUAACGGUAACGAGAGGGAGCCAAAAAAACGAACACUUCACUCUUCUUCUUUGGUGGUUUGAGUGCCACAGUAGGGUCGGCGAAGUUGUGAGCAGCUGGUACGGUUUUCAAACUAAAGAAAACCAUGUUGUCGUAUUCUGCAAUCCUCCCUCGUCUUCCACAGCCAAUCUUCUUGUCCUCAAGCUCAAGGAAGCAACAUCUUUUUCUGAACAACCAUCUUUCGUUUAGAAAACCGAACUCUGCUUCCUUCAUUUGUCUCAGUGUUGGAAUUGAACAGUUAGCAGAAAUCACUCAAAAUAAGGUUUUGGUUGCAGCUGGUGUUUCUUGUGCAAUUGGGCAGCUCUCAAAGCCUUUUACUUCGGCCCUUCUUUACGGAAAUGAUAUCGAUUUUAAAACAGCCGUGCUUCCCGGAGGAUUCCCUUCUACCCAUUCUGCUGUAGUUAUGGCCGCUGCAACAUCCCUUGGCCUUGAAAGGGGGCUUUCAGAUUCAAUUUUUGGCAUGACAGUGGUUGUUGCUGGCCUUGUCAUGUAUGAUGCCCAGGGGGUGAGAAGGGAAGUUGGCAACCAUGCCAAGGUACUCAACAGAAGAUUGCUCAGGACCCAAGACAACACAGUACCCAACAGGGACAAAGUUAAAGAUGAUAAGAUUGACUCUAAAACUGGAAGACCCCCAAUAAACUCGGAGACUAUUACAUCUCUUUUGUCUUUAGAGGAAACGGGAAGGCUGUAUUCAUCAAAUCAAAAAGAAGCAUCUUCACUAACUAUAACAGAGAGCAGAAUGAGCAGAUCAAGUGCAAUGCGGUCCUCAAGCUUAACAGUUGACGGUGAAGAAGAGUUAUCAGAUAAUUCUUGCAAAAGUAAUGCUCUAUUAAAAGAAGCAGUUGGGCACACAGAGGUAGAAGUUAUAGCUGGUGCCUUGUUAGGUCUUCUUGUGAGUUUUGCUCUGUAUUCUGUAGCAUAAUCAUCUUAUGAAAAAAAAAAAAAAAAAAAAAAAAGAAAGUGCCC